AAAGUUGGAUUGGUGACCACCUUUGAGCAACACAGAAGAAGCAGCUUGAUAAACAUGGCGGAAAAAGAAGAGGACCCUAACCACAGCGUUAGUGGUUUAAUGAAUAAUUGUAACACUGCAGGGGUGCCCGUGUCACCGAAAUCACCUGAAGAUGAAACCUCGGAGAGUCCUGUGCCUGAGUAUGCCCAGGACCUCAAAAGCGUCCUGGUCACCAGCGUUUUAAACCUAGAAAAGCUCGACGUAGACCUGUACAGAGGGACACACCACUGGGUGCCCCGCACUCAGCGUUUGUUUGGGGGUCAAAUAGUCGGUCAGGCCCUUGUAGCUGCUGCCAAAUCUGUCGGCGAUAAUUUCUAUGCCCAUUCUCUCCACUGCUACUUUGUACGAGCAGGGGAUCCUAAGGUUCCAGUGCUGUACCAGGUGGAGCGGACAAGAGACGGUCGGAGUUUCACAGUGCGCUCUGUGAAGGCCAUCCAGCAUGGACAGCCUAUACUUAUCUGCCAAGCGUCCUUCCACAUGCAGCAGGAGAGUCCACUGCAGCACCAGUUCACCAUGCCUACUGUCCCUCCGCCUGAAGACCUCCUCACUGUAGAGGAGCUCAUUCAUCUUUAUCUGAGUAAACCAGACCUAGCAGAAAAUGCAAAACAAGGCCUGAACAAACUGCUGGCUAAUGAGGUCCCCAUUGAGAUAAAGCCAGUCAACCCACCCCAGUUUUACAGACGUGGUGCAACUGAGCCGAAGAAGCUGUUCUGGGUGCGAGCGCGAGGAUACAUUGGUGAAGGCAACAUGAAGCUGCAUUGCUGUGUUGCUGCUUACGUAUCAGACUUUGCAUUACUGGGCACAGUGCUGCUGCCUUACCCCAACUACAGGGCCAAGUUCUCGGCCUCCCUAGACCACGCCAUGUGGUUCCACAGCACUUUCCGCACCGAUGAGUGGAUGCUGUACGAGUGUGUGAGCCCAUGGGCAGGUGGCAGCAGGGGACUGGUUCAAGGCAGACUGUGGAGAAGAGACGGGGUGCUGGCUGCCUCGUGUUCUCAGGAGGGUGUCGUGAGAGUGAAACCUGCCACAGAGCCCAGCAAACUAUGAGCACAUUCCUAAGAUUUGCUUUGUUUGUUAAAUUUAUUUGUAAUUAAUCAUAUACAUUUUAUUUAAUUUUAAGCAAAAUUGUUAAUUUAAUUAAGUUUUAUUAAGAAGAUGCAAUGAUGUAUUUUACUUCCAGUCCGUAAAGAAUGAAAAGAUUAAAAUGGAUGAAAGAUU